UCGGGCGGGGAGGCCGAGCCGUGCGUCGCGUGCGUGCCUCCUACCCCUCCCCCCCCUCCUCGGCGGCGGCGGCGGCGGCAGAGGCGGCAGCGCUCGCCAUUGCCGCUGGUGGCAGGAGGCUGCGAGGAGCCGGCGCGGUCGCAGUCUCCACGGCGCAGGCCCACGGUAGCGCAGCCGCUCUGAGGUAGAGUAAUAUGUGGUACAUAGGUACCACACUUCAUUCCCCAUUCACCCAUUGAUGGACACUUGGGUAGCUUCCACCUUUUGGCUAUUAUGAAUAGUGCUGCUAUGAACAUGGGUGUACACGAAUCUCUUUGAGAUCCUGCUUUCAAUUCUUCUGGCAGAAGAUCUUCAUGGAGGAACACGGAGUGACCCAGACUGAACACAUGGCUACCAUAGAAGCCCAUGCCGUGGCCCAGCAAGUCCAGCAGGUCCACGUGGCCACUUACACCGAACACAGUAUGCUGAGUGCUGAUGAAGACUCUCCCUCCUCCCCGGAGGAUACUUCUUAUGAUGACUCAGAUAUACUCAACUCUACAGCAGCUGAUGAGGUAACGGCCCAUCUGGCUGCUGCAGGUCCUGUGGGAAUGGCUGCUGCUGCUGCUGUGGCAACCGGGAAGAAAAGGAAACGGCCUCAUGUGUUUGAGUCUAAUCCAUCUAUCCGGAAGAGGCAGCAAACACGUUUGCUUCGGAAGCUUCGAGCCACAUUAGAUGAAUAUACUACUCGAGUGGGACAGCAAGCGAUUGUCCUCUGUAUAUCGCCCUCCAAACCCAAUCCUGUCUUCAAAGUGUUUGGUGCAGCGCCAUUGGAGAAUGUGGUGCGAAAGUACAAGAGCAUGAUCCUGGAAGACCUGGAGUCUGCUCUGGCAGAACACGCCCCUGCGCCACAGGAGGUUAACUCAGAGCUGCCACCUCUCACCAUCGAUGGGAUUCCAGUCUCUGUGGACAAAAUGACCCAGGCUCAGCUUCGGGCGUUUAUCCCAGAGAUGCUCAAGUACUCCACAGGUCGGGGGAAACCAGGCUGGGGGAAAGAAAGCUGCAAGCCCAUUUGGUGGCCUGAAGACAUUCCAUGGGCGAAUGUCCGGAGUGAUGUCCGCACAGAAGAGCAGAAGCAGAGGGUUUCAUGGACACAGGCACUACGGACCAUAGUUAAAAACUGUUACAGACAACAUGGGCGGGAAGAUCUUUUGUAUGCUUUUGAAGAUCAGCAAACACAAACACAGGCCACCACCACACACAGUAUAGCCCAUCUCGUACCGUCACAGACUGUGGUUCAGACCUUCAGCAACCCGGACGGCACUGUCUCGCUUAUCCAGGUUGGUACAGGGGCAACAGUAGCCACAUUGGCUGAUGCUUCAGAACUGCCAACCACAGUCACUGUUGCCCAAGUGAAUUAUUCUGCUGUGGCUGAUGGAGAGGUGGAACAAAAUUGGGCCACAUUACAAGGAGGUGAGAUGACUAUCCAGACGACGCAAGCAUCAGAGGCCACUCAGGCCGUGGCAUCAUUGGCAGAGGCUGCAGUGGCAGCUUCUCAGGAGAUGCAGCAGGGAGCUACUGUCACCAUGGCACUCAACAGCGAAGCUGCUGCCCAUGCUGUCGCCACGCUGGCUGAGGCCACCUUACAAGGCGGGGGACAGAUCGUCCUGUCUGGGGAAACCGCAGCAGCCGUCGGAGCACUUACUGGAGUCCAAGAUGCUAAUGGCCUCUUUAUGGCAGACUGUGGAGGUUGCAAGUGGAUCCUGGCAAGAAGUUUGCAGGUGGGCUUGGUCCAGAUCCCUGUGAGCAUGUACCAGACUGUGGUAACCAGCCUCGCCCAGGGCAACGGCCCGGUGCAGGUGGCCAUGGCUCCAGUGACCACCAGGAUAUCGGACAGCGCGGUCACCAUGGACGGCCAGGCGGUGGAAGUGGUGACAUUGGAACAGUGACAUGCAGCCGUAUCAUGGCAUCAUUUUCUAGUCUACUUCAACAUUUUUUACACAUUGCAGAGGUGCAAUCAAAUGGAAUUAAGUCUCUCGACUUCGGAAGAAAAGUUUUGUUAACUUUUUUUUUUAAAGGAAGAAAGGCAGCAGAUUUUGAAAUUGAAUUUUUUAAGGCACCACUCAUGAUUUCCUGGGAUUGGUGGAGUAAGAGACUGCACUGUCAAUUUCACUGUCCCAAAAAAAGCCAAAUUGUGGCAGGACUUCUUUCUGCGGAAAUGUGUCUAUAAUGUGUGUGUGUGUGUGUGUGUAUGUGUGUGUGAAUAUAUAUGUAUAUGUGUACAUAUGAACAUACACAUUUACAUAUAUAAAGUAUAUAUAUACAUAUAUAUAUAUUGAAACCCGCAUGGAAUUGCCUGUAUGGAUCGAGGUGAGCUGUGGAAAGAAUAAUUCACCCAGUUUAGUGGGUGAUAGGGUACGUGGGCAGACACAGCCACCUGCUUUUUGUUCAUACCAGGGUCAUGCGUUGAGCUACUGACAAACUCAGGCAGAGGUGACCAUGCCCUUCACCAAAGCUGCCUCCCAGUGGCCGCCCAGGACUCCCUGCUGAACUCACCUGAGGAAGGAGGUUCAAGGACACGGCGGGAUCCAGAAAGCGCUGGCGGAUGGCACUCCUCCUCAGGCCGGUCCAGGUGCUGAAUUUGCCAUGGGCAGGCGAAUGUCGUGCGGGGGGGGGCCCAGGCUGGGACAAGAAGGUGUCCUCAGCCUCCUGUCGCCUCUUUCAGGAAGUCCUUCUUGAGCUCAUGACUAAGAGUUGCUUUGGCUUUAAGGUCAAUCCUGAAUUGGUUGUGUAUAUGAACUGGAGCAGAAGUAUUAAGGGUCUGAGGGGUGCGUGUUGAGCGUGCUUGUGGGUGUGGGGGGAGGGGAGGAUGGGAAGAGGUGAGAGGAGCAGAAGGAAAAGGAAGGAGGGAGAGAAAAACUAUACAACAGGGGGCACCAGUGGAAGCCAUUUUCUCCAACUGUCUGUAGCUAUAACUUAAGAGGGCAUUGUGAUGAAAGGGGUCCCCUUGCCGGGGAAGGGGCGGCAUCCUGGUUCAGCCCCAACUUCAGGUCGCUGUAGUCUGUACCCCUUAUGUUCUUCAUAACUGUUCAAUCCCCUGCUUUCCUGGUUGCAAGCCCUGAGCCUCCAGUAGCUAAAUUCACCUGUCUUUUUGACAGGCCAAAUCUCUGCUCCUUCAGUUACUAGGGGUAACUGUUCCUCCUAAGGCCCCCCCCCCAUGUGUGUGACAGUGUAUUUAAUGUGGUUGUUUUCUUUUUUUUAAUGCGACAUUAAAAGAUUCUUCAUGUCUUGCUCAGCCUUUGAGGAAAGUUUCAGAUUCUUGUAUUUGCUUGUUUUAUAUAAAACUACCCAAUGUUCUUUGUAUGUUCUUUUCUGUACUUAAUGGGAGGGAGGGUAGGGAAAUUUACAUAUAAACAGUCCUAGUUCUAUAAUUUGUUAUUUUUUUAAUUAUUAUUUUUUAUCAUCAUUGUAAAGCUGUCCAGGGGCUUUCAAGUCCAUGUUCCUUUGUGAUGAAAUAACUUCCCAAUAGUUUGAGAAAUGGCCAAGAAGAAGGAAAAAAAAAAAAAGCAAAGUCAAACCCCAGUAGCAGAGCAUGGAUUCUGUGUUGUUUUCCAUUCUGUCAAUACUGCCUCAUUGAAUAAAUAGUUUCAAAUGUGA